AUCUAUAUAUCUCCCUCCCCUCCACCUAUCCUACAACAUCUCCCGCAACGCAAGCGCAACAGAAGCAUACUACGCCGCUACGCGCUGGGCGGUGCCGCACAGCUAUAGAUAGCUAGCAGUGUUGCAUAGAAAUGGACAGCGCCAGCAGCCUCGUGGACGACACCAGCGGCAGCGGCGGCGGCGCGUGCACGGACAAGCUAAGGGCUUUGGCCGCCGCCGCCGCCUCCGCCUCGGGGCCACCGCCGGAGCGCAUGGGCAGCGGAGCCAGCGCGGUCGUGGACGCGGCCGAGCCGGGCGCCGAGGCGGACUCCGGCUCCGCCCCGGCCUCCGUCGCCGCCGUCGCGGCGGGCGUGGGCGGGAAGCUGCCGUCGUCCAGGUACAAGGGCGUGGUGCCGCAGCCCAACGGGCGGUGGGGCGCGCAGAUCUACGAGCGCCACCUGCGCGUGUGGCUCGGCACCUUCGCGGGCGAGGCCGACGCGGCGCGCGCCUACGACGUCGCGGCGCAGCGGUUCCGCGGCCGCGACGCGGCCACCAACUUCCGCCCGCUCGCGGACGCCGGCCCGGACGCCGCCGCCGAGCUCCGGUUCCUGGCGUCGCGCUCCAAGGCCGAGGUCGUCGACAUGCUGCGCAAGCACACGUACUUCGACGAGCUCGCGCAGAACAAGCGCGCCUUCGCGGCGGCCGCCGCCGCCGCCUCGUCGGCGGCGGCCACCACCUCGACGUCGCUGGGCAACGACAACCGUUCCUCCUCCCCCGCGUGCGCGCGGGAGCACCUCUUCGACAAGGCGGUCACCCCCAGCGACGUGGGCAAGCUGAACCGGCUGGUGAUCCCGAAGCAGCACGCCGAGAGGCACUUCCCGCUGCAUCUCGCGGCCGCCGCCGGCGGCGGCGAGAGCACGGGCGUGCUCCUCAACCUGGAGGACGCCGCGGGGAAAGUGUGGCGGUUCCGGUACUCGUACUGGAACAGCAGCCAGAGCUACGUGCUCACCAAGGGCUGGAGCCGCUUCGUCAAGGAGAAGGGCCUCCAGGCCGGCGACGUCGUCGGCUUCUACCGCUCCGCGGCCGGCGCCGACAGCAAGCUCUUCAUCGACUGCAAGCUGCGACCCAACAGCGUGGACACCGCGUCGACGACGAGCCCCGUGGGGUCAUCGCCUCCGCCGGCGCCGGUGGCGAAGGCCGUGCGUCUCUUCGGCGUCGAUCUGCUGACGGCGCCGGCGGACGCCAUGGCCCGGUGCAAGAGAGCCAGGGACUUGGCCUCGCCCCCGCAGGCGGCGAUCAAGAAGCAGCUCGUGGAGCUGGCACUAGCUAGUGUAGAUCAAUGCUACGGAGCGGGUCGAUCUUUCUCUUAGUUAGCUAAGCUAGUCGGUUUUUAUUUUAUUUUAUUUUAUUUUGCUCGAUCGCUCACUGAAAUGGUAGCAUCAGGGCUGAGCUAAAUUUUUAGUCCCUCCUCGGAAUCUCAUGUAGUUGGUUCGUCAUCCUCUGGCUUUGCUCCGAUGUAAAUCUUCUCAUCAACUGUAUACUACCAAUGGAAACAAAAAGCAGCCAUGGAAGGCUGCACGAUGAUUAACUGAUA